UGGCCCCGGGAUGUGGAGCGGCGGGCGUCCUGACAGCGUGUCAGGUGGCUACGGACCCCGUGAGAAUCCUAUUCUAAGAACACAGGAACUCAGGUAUCUACCAUGGUGUUGGGUCCUGAACAGAAGAUGCCAGAUGGUGAUGCUUCUGGGGACCAUGGGGACACUGUCAGUGUUGGUGCCAUCAACCCGGCCUAUAGUAACUCCUCCCUCACACAGUCCACUGAACCCUCAGAGGAACCCUUUGCCACAUACUUUGAUGAGAAGAUUGCCAUUCCUGAAGAGGAGUACUCCUGUUUCAGCUUUCGUAAACUCUGGGCAUUUACGGGACCAGGCUUUCUUAUGAGCAUUGCCUAUUUGGAUCCAGGAAACAUUGAAUCUGAUUUGCAGUCUGGAGCAGUAGCUGGAUUUAAGUUGCUCUGGGUCCUUCUACUGGCCACCAUUGUGGGUCUGCUACUCCAGCGCCUUGCAGCUAGACUGGGAGUGGUCACUGGGCUACAUCUUGCUGAAGUGUGUCACCGUCAGUACCCGAAGGUUCCACGAAUCAUCCUGUGGCUGAUGGUAGAGUUGGCUAUCAUUGGUUCAGAUAUGCAGGAAGUGAUUGGCUCAGCCAUUGCUAUCAAUCUCCUGUCUGUUGGAAGGGUUCCCCUGUGGGGUGGAGUUCUAAUCACCAUUGCAGACACUUUCGUAUUUCUGUUUUUGGACAAAUAUGGCUUGCGGAAGCUUGAAGCAUUUUUUGGCUUUCUCAUCACUAUAAUGGCUCUCACAUUUGGAUAUGAGUAUGUUACAGUGAAACCCAACCAGAGCCAAGUACUCAAGGGCAUGUUUGUGCCAUCCUGUUCUGGCUGUCAUACGCCACAGAUUGAGCAGGCAGUUGGCAUUGUGGGAGCUGUGAUCAUGCCACACAACAUGUACCUGCACUCUGCUUUAGUCAAGUCUAGACAGGUAAACCGGGCCAAUAAGCAGGAAGUUCGAGAAGCAAAUAAGUACUUUUUCAUUGAGUCCUGCAUUGCUCUCUUUGUUUCCUUCAUUAUAAACGUCUUUGUCGUCUCCGUCUUUGCUGAAGCAUUUUUCGGGAAAACCAAUGACCAGGUGGUUGGUGUCUGUAAAAACAGCAGCAGUCCCCAUUCUGGCCUUUUUCCUGAGGAUAACUCAACUCUGGCUGUGGACAUCUACAAAGGGGGUGUUGUGCUGGGAUGUUACUUCGGACCUGCUGCACUCUACAUCUGGGCAGUGGGGAUCCUAGCUGCAGGACAGAGUUCCACCAUGACAGGAACCUAUUCCGGUCAGUUUGUCAUGGAGGGGUUCCUGAACCUAAAAUGGUCACGUUUUGCCCGAGUGAUUCUGACACGCUCCAUUGCCAUCAUCCCCACUCUGCUUGUUGCUAUCUUCCAAGAUGUAGAGCACCUAACUGGGAUGAAUGACUUCCUGAAUGUUCUGCAAAGCUUACAGCUUCCCUUUGCUCUCAUACCUAUCCUCACAUUCACAAGCUUGCGACCAGUAAUGAGUGACUUUUCUAAUGGAAUAGGCUGGAGAAUUGCAGGCGGGAUCUUGGUCCUUAUUGUAUGUUCCAUCAACAUGUACUUUGUAGUGGUUUAUGUCCAGGACCUAGGGCAUGUGGUGUUGUAUGUGGUGGCUGCAGUGGUCAGCGUGGCAUAUCUGGGCUUUGUGUUCUACUUGGGGUGGCAUUGUUUGUUGAAAAAUGGCAUGGCUUUAGCAGACUGUGCUCACACUUACCAUCUGGGAUUGACAGCUCGGCCUGAACUCUACCUUCUGAAUACCAUGGAUGCUGACUUACUUGUGUCUAGAUGACGAACAGCCUGAGAGACUAUUAACACUUUCCCUAAUCCCUUUUGUGCCAUGUGUCUAUUAGCAUAUCUCUGAUAGUUCAGAGGUGAGUUUUGUUCAAGUAUUUUGAACAAAGGCAAUUUCCUUAUGGGAACAGGGGUAAAAGCUGACAGCUCCAAGUGUAGGUCAGAGACCCACCCACCUUACACAGUCGUUCAAUGGCCAGAAUUGGAUGAUUGGCCUUUGAUGGCCACUCAUUACUAUAGGCUUCUUGACUUCUGGGAUUUAUAAAGUAUAUAUGUAUAUGUAUAUAUAAACCUGAACAUAUCAGUUUAAGUAGAAUUUUAAAGCUAUCCAAAACUGAUAGAUUUUUUUUUAAAUACUAUUUAGGGAAAUGAGAUAUUUUUGUCUGGAUCAGAAGAAAGGAAAGGGAAUAAUGUGUUUUUCCCUUUUGUCAAACUGACUAUCUUUUAAAGUGGUACUUUACUCUGCCAGUUAAGUUUUAUUUCACUGUCAUGGACCAAGAGUACACCAAGAUGUCUAUUAGCACUAGCACAUCAUUUCUAAAGAAAACAUAAUUUCAAUUUGAUUAUCAUAUUUAACAUAGGAUAGCAAACUUACUUUUUAACUAUUGUUGUCAUUGUGGUCUCUGUUCUUGAAUUUUUUUCUAGCUAUUAAAAAGCAAUAUGAUGGUAUUUGUCAACUGGCUUACUAGGUAGUAAAAGAUCCAGAAGCCAUACUUGAACCAAUGAUUUAUUUUUUUAUGCUAUAAUGUAACUCAGCCCAAAGAAAAUAUUAAUAACAUAUAACUGUUAUUAAUAGCAUGAGAUAACAAAGGCACUAAUCUUUCUAACGUUUUCAUAAUUCCACAAUGUCUUUUCUUACCACUUUUCCCACUAACUGCAAAUACCAUUUUUAGAUACUGACUCAGUUGCUAGGAGUGGCUCAUAUUUUUAUUGUUUAAUCUCCUAGGAAAUGCCAAGCAUUUCAUUUUUAGGAUAUUUAUACCAAAUAGUAUGAGAUUAGUACUAGAGUGGAACUUAGAGCUUUAGUCUACUUAUCACUAGCUGCUUGCCUGCUCACUUUUUUUACCCCUGUUCCUAAUCAGGAUUUUUUUUCCCUUAUACUUUUUGUAAUGAAAAAAGUUCAUAUUUAAGAAUUCAAAUUGGACUGGAGGUGUAGCUCAGUUGUAGAGCACUUGCCUACCUUGUACAAGAUCCUGUAUUUGAUUCCCUAGCAAUCCAAUAAAGACAAGUUUUUUUUCA